GUAGAAGAUGGAUACAGCAUGGUUGUGGACCUUGCUGCUAACUCUGCUCAUCUCCUGCAUGUUAAUCUAUUCUACCUGGACCAAAAUGUAUAGAAACAGUAACCUCCCUCCAGGACCCACGCCUAUCCCUCUGUUUGGAAAUGUUCUGCAGAUCAAGAGGGGAGAGAUGGUAAAAUCAUUACUAGAGCUUAGAAAGAAAUAUGGCCCUGUAUACACCCUCUACUUUGGCCCCAGUCCUGUUAUAAUCCUGUGUGAUUACCAGUCAAUAAAAGAAGCCUUAAACGACCAAGCAGAAGAAUUCAGUGGUCGUGGGAAAAUACCUUCUUGGGAUCAAUAUUUUCAAGGAUAUGGGGAAGCUUUCACUAAUGGAGAAGAAUGGAAGCAACUGCGACGCUUCUCACUUACAACACUUAGGAACUUUGGUAUGGGAAAGAAGGGCAUAGAAGAAAGGAUACAAGAAGAAGCGCAGUUCCUAGUGGAAGAGAUUAAGUCAUACAAAGAAAAAUCUUUUGACCCAGCCAAACUCUUAGUCCAAUGUGUGUCCAAUGUUAUCUGCUCUGUUGUUUUCGGAAAACGGUAUGAAUACUCCAACAAAGAUUUCCAUGAACUGCUGUAUAUGUUUCAAGCUGUAUUUGAAGAUACAAGUUCCUCCUGGGGUCAGCUGAUGACCAUGUUGCCGAUUAUAAUGAAGCAUAUUCCAGGCCCUCACAGGAGAGUAUUACAUGAAUUGAAUAGAGUUAAUGAUUUCAUUUUACAAAGAGUGAACGAGAAUGAGAAGACGUUGGAUCCCAACUCACCAAGAAACUUCAUUGACAGUUUCCUCAUCCAAAUGCAGCAGGAGAAGGAAAAUCCUAUGACCAAAUUCCACAGGAAGAAUUUGAUAUGCACUAUUAUGAACCUCUUCUUUGCUGGGACAGAGACAGUUAGUACAACCUUAAGACAUGGAUUUCUUAUACUACUGAUACAUCCUGAAAUAGAAGUAAAGCUGCAUGAGGAAAUAGACCGCGUGAUUGGACAAGGGCGUUGCCCAACUAUGGAGGAUAAGAGCAAGAUGCCUUACACAGAUGCUGUGAUCCAUGAAAUACAGAGAGUUAGUGAUGUAAUCCCUAUGAGUCUUCCACAUUCAGUAAUGAAAGACACACAACUCAGAGGCUACACAAUUCCCAAGGGUACUGAUGUCUACCCCAUGAUCUGUACUGCUCUGCGAGAUCCUAAACAAUUUGCUACUCCCAAUAAGUUUAAUCCUCAGCACUUCUUGGAUGACAAGGGCAACUUCAAGACCAGCAAUGCCUUCAUGCCAUUUUCCACAGGAAAGCGGAUCUGCCUUGGGGAAGGUUUGGCUCGAAUGGAACUCUUUCUUUUUUUAACCAACAUUCUACAGAACUUCAAGCUACAUUCAGAAAAGCAAUUCACAGAAGAUGACAUUGCUCCAAAAAUGCAGGGCUUUGCCAAUUAUCCACUCUUUUAUGAAUUUUCACUUAUUCCACGUAUAUAACCUUUUCAGGAUAUCACUUUAUUAAGCAUGAUGUCCCAUGUUUUUUCAAAGUUGCAGAGGAAAGACUCUGUAUGAGAUAUAAAUGUGAUUAAAGCACAGGUCAACCCAAAUGGGGUGGGGGUGUCAAUAUGUUAGGCACCCCCCUAGUAAAUAUAAUGGCUUACCUUAGACCCUGGUUUUUGUUUAGGUUUGAUGGAAAGUGCACUGGCCAUGAGAACUAUUCUUUGUGAACUGUGCCGCCAUCUCUUACAAUACUCUUGGCUACCGAGAAAAGCCUGCAUGCACAGCAGUGUAAAAAUCUGAACUUCAAACUUAAAGUUCAUAUUUUUAUUUUAUUGCACACGCAGGCUGAUCAGAAAUGCACAAAGGAUCCCUGGGGCAUCAGUAGAGAUGGCGGCAUGGUUCACAUAGAAAAGUACCCCAGCCCGGUGCAGGCAAAUCAUACUAAAAUAUGGUUGGUGCCUAAAAAGUCUACACAGAAAGUAUUUUUAGUAACCCACAAAUGGGAAUUUUCCCAUGUCAUACUGUAACUGUCUUUGUUGUAACAUGAUAAUUAGGGGAGAUAAAUUAAUUUUUCUUCAAGAGGCUAUAGAUACUGUUCCUUUGCAACUUAUACAACACAGGGGUGAUAUAAUAAUAUAAGUAAUUUUUAUCGGAGAGGGCCAUCCAAUUGUGUUUGCAAUAAUUUAUUUUGCAAAGCUAGGUUUCCAUCUAAGUAACUCAGCAGUUUCCUAAAUCCUGCUGGAAGAAUAUCAGACAGGAACAGUGAUAUGUUAAACAUAUUACACAUUCAUUUUCUUUAAUAUAAGAACUUCUGUUUCCAUACAGUUUUGUAUUUUUUUUAAUUUAGCUUGAACUAUGUUUCACUAUGUCUCACCACUCUGCCUCUUAUGCUACAACGGUGCAAAUGGAACCCCAAAUAUCAUUAGUGGUGCAGAUGGAGCUGCAGAUGCUGGCACCUUGGCUCAAAUUGUCCCCAACUGUCCCCAAAGAUUUAUUUUGCAAUGUAAAAUGAUACAUGCAACUUGGAGUACAUUGUUUGUGUAUAAUUGUGUAUAAAUAAUACUUCUUUAUUCAA